CUUUAAAAUACUCUAAUAACCUUCCCCUUCGAGAGAAAAAUCCAAAGGUGAAAGAAUCAUAGAAAACGGUCGUGAAACGAGAGAGAUAUCGCUUGCCGGAGUUUCGCCGGGCUAACCGUAACGAAGAAAAACGGAGAAGAAGAAGGAACCGCCGGCGCCGCCAGUCCAUCACCGACCACCGUCGUCCCAGAAGGAGCCGAUAGCACCGCCGUUUCACUCGUCCGUCGAGGUGAAUAUUUAGAUACCGGAAUUGAGGAAGAGAAUUAGGAGCAUCAGGACUUAAGGUGAAUAUUUAGAGACCGGAAUUGAGGAAGAGAAUUAGGAGCAUCAGGACUUAAGGUAAUGAUGAAUAUGAAGCUCAUGAUGUUUGACGAGCCUUGAGAGCGCUUUAGAAGAUUUAUGUGUAGCCUUCACUUAGUUUGAAUAAUGUUAUUAAAUUUUGAAUUUAAGUUUUUAAUUCGGUUGAACUCAUGGUGGAUAGCCUAAACAUCCAGCCAAGUUGAGGGCUGGGUGUGGCGGUAACACACCCUUUUUCCAUUACUGUUAUUUCCGCUGCAAAACUCUAUUUAUUUUUUAAGGAAUAAAUCAAGGUUGUUAUCAAUAUAUUAUUAUUUCAAGUAUUAUUUUGGGCGGAAAAAAUGGGGGUGUUACAAACCCCCCACAACCAUCUAACGAUCCUCCUGAAUCUUCGACCUCGUAUCAACCACAUGAGGAUGAAAAUCCGAUAUUUUAUGAACCUUAUGUGGAUGAAGGUUUAGCUGAAAGAUUUCAAGAUGUUUUAAAAGCAGCUGCUCAACCCCUGUAUGCUGAUUGUGAGGGAUACUCUCAGCUAUUCGCCGUUACAGAGUUUAUGAACAUAAAAGCUGAAUACAGUCUCCCUGUAACUUGCAUGACUAGAGUCUUGCAGUCAGUAGGCGGGAUGCUACCACGUGAUCAUAACCUUCCGGAUUCAUAUUAUCACAUGAAACAAUUAAUGUCUAAGUUGGGGCUACCUUAUAUAGAAAUUGAUGCGUGCCCGGAAGGAUGUAUGUUGUUCUGGAAGGAUGAUGAGGCACUUGAAUUCUGCAAGUUCUGUGGUGGAAACAGAUACAAACCUGUUCCUCAAAGUAGAAAGAAACCACGAAAUAGGUCAGCAUUGUCUAAAUUGUAUUACCUCCCAAUAGCUCCACGACUUCAGAGGAUGUACGCUUCGACUGCUACUGCGAAACACAUGACAUGGCAUGUUGAGCACGAAACAAAAGAGGUUAUGAUGUCUCACCCUUCGGACUAUGAAGCUUGGAGACACUUUGACCGUUGUCAUCCUCAGUUUGCAAUGGAGCCACGAAAUGUGCGACUGGGAUUGUGUUCAGACGGAUUUGCUCCAUUUGGAAGGUUUGGGAAGAACUAUUCAUGUUGGCCGGUCAUGUUAACUCCUUACAAUCUCCCUCCCGACAUGUGCAUGAAAAGUCACUUUAUCUUUUUGACUCUAAUCUGUCCGGGUCCCAAUGAUCCAGGGAAAAAAAUAGACAUUGAUCUCCAACCCCUUAUCGAGGAGAUGAAUGAACUUUGGGCCAUUGGGACACCAACAUAUGAUGUUUCAAGGGAUCAAAAUUUCAUAAUGAAAGCUGCCAUCAUUUGGACCAUUAACGACUUCCCUGCCUAUGACAUGCUUUCGGGAUGGAGCACACAUGGUCUUAUGGGAUGUCCGAUAUGCAUGGAGAAAUCAGGUGCCAAUUGGCUAACUUUCAGUAAAAAACCAAGCUACUUUGAUUGUCACCGCAAGUUUCUCUCGGAAAACCACCGAUAUCGAAAGGACAAAAAGUCUUUCAUUAGAGGUAGAGUGGUACGAGACACCCCGCCCCCGAGAUUGACCGGGGAAGCAAUUUUUAACCGGGUUCGACGUAUUCCUACGGUUAUACAAGAACCAAAUAAGAAGCCAUAUGGGUUUUGUGAUACCCAUAAGUGGACAAAGAGGAGUAUCUUUUGGGAGUUACCAUAUUGGAAAGACCUUCUCAUUCGUCACAAUAUAGAUGUCAUGCACACUGAGAAGAACGUGUUUGACAAUAUAUUUAACACAGUGAUGGAUUUCAAAGGCAAAACUAAAGACGGUCUUGCAUCUCGAAAAGAUAUGACUAUUUGGUGUGAUAGGCCCGAACUAUCUGUUGAUCUAGAAUAUCAGGGCAACAAUAUUCCAAAACAGUCUACCAAGUCACACAAGCACAAAAAGAAUCAAUAUUACAAUGGCUUGUGUCUCUUAAGUUUCCAGAUGGCUACUGCUCCAACUUGUCCAGAUGCGUGGACAUGGACAAACUUGCAACGACGUCGAGCAUGAAAACUCACGAUUGUCAUGUAAUCAUGCAAAGACUUCUCUCAAUUGCACUGAAAGAGAUGCUUCCUGAACACGUAUGGUCCUGCAUUACUGAGAUCAGUUUGUUGUUUCAGUCGAUAUGCUCAAGCGUUUUGGAUGCAGCAUCCCUCCGUAGACUAGAAGAGUCUGUUCCCAUGCUGAUGUGUAAUUUGGAAAAGAUAAUGCCUCCAUCAUUUUUCGAUGGAAUGGAACAUCUUGUGAUACAUCUUCCAUAUGAGGCUUUAAAUGGUGGACCCGUCUUCUAUCGUUGGAUGUACAGCUUUGAAAGGUUCGUCACAAUUUCAUUUAUCUUUGAAUAUUUAUUUCAUAACAACAUUAAUCUGUGUACCACUUUUAUUUUACUUUGCAGAUUUCUUGGAGAGUUGAAAAAGAAAGUGACCAACAAGGCACACGUUGAGGCUUCAAUUUGUCAAGCAUAUCUUCAACAAGAAAUCUCAACGUUCUCAUCUUUUUAUUUUGAGCGUGAAGUCAUCACUAGAAGAAAGAGACCUGCCCGAAACGAUGACAUUGGCGAGGAUUUAUAUGAAAAUGUAGUUUCCAUUUUCAAUUACCCAGGUAGAGGUAAAGGAACUUGGACAAACCGAUACAUCGUGGGAAAAGAAUUACAAAUUGCGCAUACUUAUAUGCUCAUUAAUUGUCCAGAAAUCUUACUGUUUUAUCAGUAAGUUAAAUUUGUAGUUAUCUUUGUAAUAUAUAUACAAUUAAGGUAGUUGAUUUAUAAUAUUUUCAUGUUUGACUUCACAGUGAAUUUAGAGCGGAGUACUCAGCAUUCCCUGACAAUGAAAUUGAUGCAUUGGUGGACUCUCAUUUUAUACCGUGGUACAAGCAUCAGGUAUAUAUACAUACACACACAUUAAUUAUAUAUAUUAUUAAGUAAUAAUAUUUAAUAAUUACCCAAUGUUAUCGUGUUUUAAUUUACAGAUCAAUAACCAUGGGAUUGUGGACCCUUUGUUAGUAUCAUUAUCGUGGGGCCCUGGUGCCUACGCCAAAGUUUGGCGGUCAUAUGUGAUAAACGGUUACACCUAUCACACAGUCGGUUACGGACAGGGCCGAUCAACAGUGAACAGCGGGUUAUGUGUCCCAACAAUCGGUUAUGAUAACUCGGAAACCAAUUUUUUUUGUGUCUUGCACGAGAUUCUCGAACUGGAAAUGCCUUCUGCUGGGAAAAAGUUGACAUGCGUUUUGUUCCGCUGCAAAUGGAUCGAUCCAACACGUGGUGUGCGAAAAAAUUCAAAGUAUAAUAUGAUUGACCUCAACCACUCUCACGUGUAUACGAAAAAUGAGCCUUUUAUACUUGCUCAACAAGCAGCCCAGAUUUAUUAUACAGAAUACCCUUCAACCAGGCGGACACAGAAUCCUUGAGUGUGUGCAUGUACUGUCCGUCCGAGCAAAAUUGUAUCACAAACUCAACACAAGGACGUUGAUUUAGAUGCUUUUCAGCAACAUUUUUUCCAACCUCCACCGAUUGUUGAGACGGUCAACCAGCACAUUUAGCUAAGUGAUCCAAAUGGGGGAAGUGUUGAAGUCAUGCCAGAAACGCACCUUCCGGACCUAACAACUCCAUCUGAGCGCGAAAUUGUUGAAAUGCAUGAAGAACAAUGAUACGUUCGUAAUUUCCAUUUCUAUGUUUAUGUUUUUAAUUAGUUUUGCUUGACUUUUACUUUGGAAAUUACACACUUUUGGUGUAAUAGAUUAGAUUGUUA